CAAUAAGCAGUAAGUAAAAUAUUUAAAUGUCACGAUAACUUAUUUGAUUGCAAAUCACUAUACAAGUUGUAACCAUUUGCAAAUUGUAAUUAUAAAAGUUUUUUUUUUUUUAAAUCAAAAGCAAAAGUUUUCCAAGUUUUAAGAUUUUUAUUCAUCAACGCAUGUAAAGAAGUGUUUAAUUGGAAUUGAUUAUUAUCUUGGUACCCGAUACUAUAAUUGUAGCUAAAAAAAUUACCGGUGCUAAACCGGUGUUAAAAAGAGGUUAAUAAUUGUUCUUUCAUAUGAAGAGAUGACUAAUUUAAAUGUUAUCUUUUCUCAUCGAGUUAUUUCUUUGCUUUCACAAAAAAAAUUUAUUUCCAUUACUUUGAAGAAUUUCUACUCUACAUUGCAACCAGAAAGAAAAAUGUCAUUUACCGAAGAAAAACAAAAAUUCCUGGCAAUGUCCUCAGAAGAAAAACGAAAAUUUUUCAAGGGACAAGUCGUGACAUUAGAUCAAAUUCAAACAUGGAAUGAAUUUUGGAAGAAUAACAAAUCCGAUAUUUCAACAACAACAGAAGAAGUUGAGCAUGUCGAUGAUAAAUUGUCAAAUAAAAUUUCCCUAUGGCAAGGAGAUAUUACGUCAUUAGAAAUUGAUGCCAUUGUUAAUGCUGCGAAUUCGAGUCUCUUAGGUGGUGGAGGAGUUGAUGGAGCAAUUCAUAGAGCAGCAGGUCCUACUUUGAAAAAAGAAUGUGCAACUUUGGGAGGCUGUCAAGUUGGAGAUGCAAAAAUUACUGGCGGUUAUAAAUUACCUGCCAAGUAUGUUAUUCACACUGUUGGUCCUCAGGGUGAAAAGCCAGAGAAAUUGCAAGAAUGUUACGAAAGUUGCUUGUCACUUGUGAAAGAAAAUAAUUUACGUUCAGUUGCGUUCCCUUGCAUUUCAACUGGAGUUUAUGGCUAUCCUCAAAAACCAGCAGCUAAAGUUGCUUUGGCUACUGUUAAAAAAUUCCUUUUAGAAAAUAACGAUAGUAUCGAUAGAAUUAUUUUUUGUGUUUUUCUACAAGAAGAUAAGAAUAUCUACUUGGAAAUGUUGCAGAAAUAUUUUGGAGUUAAUUAAAUGGGAAAAUUUCAUUAAAUGUAAAAGCAGUGUGUAAGAUUUCUUCGAUGAAGCAUUUUAUUUUAAGACUGUCGUGUGUUAUAUUUAUUCAAAAAAAAAAAAAAAAAAAAUAAUAAUAUAUGGUCUAAAUUUUUUAAAAUAA